AUGAAGAAUAUCUUUAUCUUUUUUGUUAAAAUUGCACUUUGCGAUCCAGCUUGGACACCGCCAGCUCGAAAUGCAACUUGCGAAGAUACUUUGAUCGGAAGUUCUCCCCUCCGUGCGACGGAUCUUCCACCUUUACCCUCGCCAGACAUAGGCGCAUUCAAACAAUUUGAAACAGAUUGCGAGACUAUAGCGGACGAAGAAUUUGAAAUAAAAGUGAAAGUCGAGUGCGACUUCGCUAAAAUUCGAACACAGGGAGCUCAUAAGUGGUCUUACAUUGUUUCCACUAGCCAUGUUUUUACCGUUAGAACCAUAUCUGAAGGUUCCCAAACUGAUCCGGACUAUCUUUUCCAAAUUUUUAUCAAUAAACUUAAUUGGCAAAAUGACACGAUUCAUGUUUUCGGGGAUGAUGUCCGCCCUGCCAACAACCCUUCUGCUCUAUAUUUCCACGAGAACGAUUGCACCGAAGGAGGAUACAUGGAAAUCGUGGUCAAUCAGUGGAUAAGCGAAGACGGAAAAACGUACAAAAGAAUGGACAUCGACGGAGUUUUACGGUCGAUUGUAAUUUCUGAUGGCAGCGAAUUUUGGCUGACUUCAGGACACAUCGUUGGAGGGAGCAAUUCUGGAUUCUUUGGACCCGACAAGGAAAAGUAUGCAGUUUCGGAUCUUGGAAUCCAGGACUAUGAGAUCAGAACAUUCCGACCGACGAAGCCACCAACAACGACAACCACAACAACUACGACUGCGACUACGACGAGUACGACAACAUCCGAAUCUUCUACUUCAACGAGCACAACAACAACAACUACGACGACUACGACGACAACUACGACAGUUUCGGAUAGAAUCAUAAUUCUCCGUGGUCAUGCGGCUAAAAUUUACAACAAAAUUGCUGGCGCCGGUUUCGCAAGACGAUUCGAAGGAAGAAUGACCAAAAUCUUCGACAAACUUGAAAGGUCCGCUACAGGAGAGGACUGCUACGAAGAAAAUGGCUUUGGUGAGGAAGACGAAGACGCAGCUGAUGUCUCUGUUUUCGACGCCGAGAACAUCUGCAAACUCAACAAGCAAAUCAAUUCCGCAAUCAACAGUCAAGCAAGACAUUAUGCUUGCAAAGGAAGAGGCAAAGUAUACCGUCAAAUCAUCCGAUCCGCCAGAAAAGUCAAAGCAUUCUUUAACGAACGGAAUAACUGUUAA